CGUUUUUGCCAAUUGACUCGAAUGAAAUACACUGCUGUAUGAAUUUCAGUGCCAAAGGCAGCAUGCACAUCGACGGAAUUAGAUGGGUCUCUCUCUCUCUCUCUCUCUUUCCGUCAUGAGCAUCGCAAGUAGGAAGAGUGUCGUUCGGUAAAAGCUGAUAAAACGCUGCAUAAAUACGAUCCGUGGUACCGAUAGCACACGAAUUCUUAUUCCUUCUUCUUUUUCUUUCUCUUUGUCUUCUUUCUUUCUUUUUUUAAUACCACCCUUAUCGCUUUAAUUUCGAAACGAAGCUAAUUUAAAAAGUACUCUCAUUUUUUUCUCUUUUUUCUUUUCUUUCUUCUACAAAAAACAUACAUACAUAUAUACAUGCAUAUAUAUGUGUUAAUACUUUAUGUAUGUAUGUAUGUAUAUAUGUCAAUGUAAGUUUAUAUAUAUAUAAACUUAUCGUGCUUUGUCUAUUUAUAGAAAAAAAUAACACGAACACGUUAGAUAAGUAUAUUCUAUAUCUAUAAGAAACUCUACCCUUGAAAUUUAACGAUCGUGAAUUUUACCAUAUAAUAGAAUUCUUCAAAUUUGAUAGACAUACCUUUUAGAAUUAGGCUCAUUCUCUCUCUCUCUCUCUCUCUCUCUAUCUAUCUAUCUAUCUAUCUAUCUAUCUAUCUCUGUCUCUCUCAUUAACUCUCUAUUUGUCUCUAUCUCUAAUCUCUAUCUCUCUCUUUCUUUAUCGUUUAUAUGUCAUAAUCAUUGGGGGAAUUAAAGCCAGGCAGAGAGAAUAAAAUUAUGCUAAGUCCGAGGAUAAACGUGGGGUUGUCAACGUUUCCGGGAUAAAUCUGGAACAGGAAUUCCGUGUGCUUGUUAUAUCAUCAUUAUUAUUCGUAGCGAGGCUCUCAUUACGGAGUUGCUUCAGUCGGAAUUUCAGUUGGAUUUCGCAUAGGUGGAAGAGCCGUACCGUGUCAGGCUUGCACCACCACCUCUCCUUUCCUCCCCUUCCAUGCCUUUUUCCUCUCUCUCUCUCUCUCUCUCUCUCUCUCUGUCUUUUUCUCUUUUUCUCUCUUCGUUGCUAGUGACGAUGAUGCCGCUGUUGCUGUUGCUUCUGUUAGUAUAAUGCAUCCUUGAAAAAGUUAUAAUAAAAGAAAAAAUAUAUUCGCGACUGGGAUUACGCUUUUGUUAAUUUGAAUACGUGUUAAUUCGGCUGUAUCAUAGUUAGUAGGCGUUUCAUAGUUAGAACGAUUAAUAAAAGUAUAGAUAAUGAGAGAGAAAGAGAGAUAAAAGAAAGAGAGAGAGAUGUUCUUUAAUGAGCAUGAAACGCAACGAGGAAUGGAUUUAAUGAUUUAAUAUUCGAUAAAUAUUCGAACUAAUGGAAUAAAAAAGAAAGAAUUGAAUCGAUCGAAUAAAGUUUCGAAGGAGAAAAUUUUCAUAUUGGUUUUGAAGAAUUAUAAGAAAGGGAGGUGAAACAUACGUACAUACGAAGGAUAUGUUAGGUAUAAGUAGUCACAUACGUAUGCAUGUGUAUAGAUAUUUAUUUGAUGUAUUUACUACACAUAUAAAAUUCGUGCGUGAUAUUCGUAAAAAGGAGAAAGAAGACAUAUGAGAGGGGUAGGAAAGACACGGGUACAUACAUAUAUACAUAUAUAUAUUUUCUUUCUACCCUAAACUUUUUCAUCUUAUAUAUCACACGAGUUAACAACGAUCCUUCCCUUGGGUAUGGAAAAUACGUGGUUAUAUAUAAUAUACGUGUAUCACUAAAUCUUAGAGAACGUGUGGGAUUAUCAAAAAAUAUUACAUGUUAAAGUGGUAAUAUACAUAUAUGUAUAUAUAUGUAUACAUUUUCUAUUUGUUAUAUAUACAUCAUAUAGAUAUUAUAUAAUAUCUAUAUAUCUAUUCUAUAUCUACUCUCGAAUUAGAUAUGUUAUCCUUACCGUUAUCCUUCUGAUUAAACGAGGGUAAAAGCAGCACCAACUAUAAAACAGACUUCCUGACUCCUAAUGAAAACUUUUGAAAAGUUUCUCUCUUUGUAUUAGGAAGAAAUGAAGUUGGUAGUUAUUACUAAAUCGCUAGGGAAACUGCUGCUAUUGCUACUGUUGCUGUUGCUGUUGCUGUUGCUAUUACUCUCGAAGAUGCCUAGGAACUUAAUCAAACUUUAGAAAUCACUUUCGUUUAAAAGAACAACGUGGAAAAGUUAGACACUCUAUUUCUCUCCCUCUCUCUCUCUCUCUCUCUCUCUUUCUCUUUCUCUCUAUUUCUCAUUCGUCAGACGAUUAGUAAAUUCCACGGGAAAUAUCUACUCGUUCCGUGAAAAUUCGACUUACUAGCAACGAGUCGCGUGCUUAGUUUGCAAAUUGGUUCUAACUUCGUCGUUUAAACCGGAGCCACGAAUUGUACACCGAACUCUGUGUUACGUACUAUGGGGAUCCCAUCGACGAGAUCAUUUUGAUGAAAAGUUUCGAUCGUUUAUUAUGUAACUCGUUCAAACUACUUGGUUUAGGUGAAGGAAAACUUAGAAAGUACGAACCGAUAUUCCAAACCGUAACAUUUCCGUUCUCCAUAUUUAUUAUCGUAGGAAACUCAUAUCGUCCUCGUUUUAUACAUUUUCGUUAAUAGAAUAAAUGAAAAACUUUAUUAUCUUUUGUUUUCCCUCGACAAUGUGGCUAUAAUGUGAAACAUUGAGAGUAGUUUCUUUUUGUAAGGUUUUUAUUAUAUUUUAUCGAGAUAUCAUAAAUAAUUCAUUUAAUAUAGUUUCCGUUGGAAAAAUACUGUAGUGUAAUAUCGAUAUCUCUUCGUAUUCAUUCUGAUCGAUCUAUCCUCUCGGAAAUUGAUACGAAAUUUAACAACGUGUGUUUCAUUCGUUUCGAAACUUUUUUUUUCCUUCUUUUUUUUCUUUUUUUCUUUUCUUUCUCUCUCUCUCUCUCUUUUUUAAAUGACGACUGUUCUCGUAAAAGAGUGAUAAAGAGGAGAACGUAUUCACAAUUUUUGUAAUUUUUGUUGUCAAUAGAAUAAUUAAAAACUUUAUUUUUUUUGUAAUUUUAUUAUCGUUAUUACGAUAUUAUAUGUUAAGUUUAAUAUUAAACGAUCCUUACUUUUAAGAUAAACUUUUUUAUCGGGAUAUCAUUUAAUAUAUUUCGUUUAGAAAAAUACCACAGUAUCGUAUCGUGUGUCACUCUCGCAAUUAUUCAGAUCGAUCUAUCGUCUCGAAAAUGAUAUGAAAUAUAACAUCGUGAAUUUUAUUUGUUUCGAGACUUCUUUUUUUUUUUAAUGAGUACUCUCAUCGAUGAUAAAAAAGAAGAAGGAUUUAUUCGAUGUUCCUUCAUUUUUUAAGUAGGAUAAUUAAAAACUUGAUCUUUUAUUUCUUUUUAUCGUUAUUAGAUCAAUGAAUAAAGUCGAGCAUUGACAAUCCUUUCUUUCAAAGUUUAUCUUUUAUCGAGAUAUCAUAAAUAAUUCAUUUAAUGUAUUUCGUUUAGAAAAAUACCACGGUAUCGUAUCGAUAUCUCUCGCAAUCAUUCUGAUCGAUCUAUCGUCUCGAAAUUGAUAUAAAAUAAACAUCACGAGUUUUAUUUGCUUCGAGAUUGAUUUUUUUUCUUUUUCUUUUUCUUUUUCUUUUUCAUUUUUAAUUGAAUAAAAAAGAUCGAAGAGAAGAACUUACUCGUAAUUUGUUGACUUUUAAAGUAGAAUAAAUAAAAAGGCUUUAUCAUUCUCAUUUACAUUCAUUGUUAUAUUACGACAAUGCUUGAUACAAAAUAUUGAGAAUCCUUUCUAUAAAACGUUUCUACUUUAUCGAGAUACUAUAAAUAAUUCGUUUAAUAUAUCUCAUCUAGAAAAAUAUCGCAAUAUCGUAUCGAUAUCUCUCUUACUUAGUUAGAUCGAUCUAUCGUCUAGAAAAUGGUCUCGAACUGUCUCGUGAGUUUUAUUUGCUCGAAGCUUUUCUUUUAAAAAAUGAGUACUUUCUGGUGGUGGUAAAAGAAAGGGAGAGAUGGAGGAGGAAGGGAAGAAGAAGAAAUGCUGAAGGAGAAGAAGGUACUUGAUGGGAUACAUCAAGAUUGUCUCUCGAGAUUUCUGAAAGAUUUUUCUUGUAGCCAUUCUUUUUAUGAAUGACAUUUCAAUCGAUGCAUUCGUUAGAAUUUGAACUUAUGAAAAUUUAAAUGUUAGAAUAGAUAUUAUUUAAGUAAAAAUAUAUACAAAUGCAUGCACAGAUAGGGAGAGAGAGAGAGAGAGAGAGAGAGAGAGAUAUUUUUUCAAAGAAAUUUUAUUCAUAGAAUACUCUUACAAUAUUUUGAACGUUCUUUCUUAUAUUCAAGAAAUAAUUUACAUUUUAUUCGAAAAUUGAAUUUCACCGACGCGAACACAUAAAAGAUAUAUUAUGUCGGUCCACGUGUAUCUUAGAAAAGGACUUGUCUUUUCGAUCCAAAGGACAGUGGUAUAUCGAACAUCUACAUACAUACAUACAUACAUACAUACAUAGAUGCAUACAUUCAUAUAUACAUACAUAUAUACAUACAUAGAUGUAGUAUUUGAACGUCAGCACUCUCAAAGCAAAAGCUUGUUUUUUUAGUCGAGCUUUCGUCUUGUUUAGUUUUCGUCGAUAACAGUAGGGCAAAUAUACGUACAGGUAUGUAUACCUUGCUCCUCUGAAACAGUUUAUUGGCUUACGUCCUGGCAAAACUCUGUUUGUCAGAUAUUUCCAUAAAUCUCCAUAAACGAGAUCUUCGAAGGUAUGUAUCUACGUAUGUAUGUAUGUAUAUAUACAUAUACAUAUACAUACACAUAAACGUGUUUGUCUCUUCGAAUAAAAUUUUUCAUUCUACUAACAUGUCUCUCUGUAUUUUCGAUUGUUUACAUAUCGUAUAUUAUCGAUCGCCGAAUGAAAGAGAUAGAAGGACAAGCGUUAGAGGACGAAAGAUAGAAAGAGCCAGAGAUAUCUUUAGUUAGUUUACACUCGACAUUGGAAGGAGAAGAAAGAAAAGAAAAGAAAAAGCAAAACAAACAAAACCGAUGUGCGUGUCGCUAGAUACGAGCUUUCAACUCCCGACACGAAUCAGUUUCGUCUUUGACCUUCGACGAGUAACGUCGCGUGUUAACUCGAGCUCUUAACGUUAUCCCCAUUUACUCCCCUUACUCUCCCACGGGUUUUGCAUUGCCGGAUGAUUUAAUUUUAAAGAUCUUCCGUGAGCUAAGAAAAUAUUUAUCAGGCAAGUUAUUAUAUUUGCACCGUUGACCAUGGCCGUUAAUAGUCGACGAUGCAUUUCCUUUAUAUUAAUCUAAUUCUUUCGACCGUCCAUUACUACUACUACUACUACUACCACUACCACUACUACUACCACCACCACCACUACUACUACUACUAUUGCUACGUCAUCGUUUAAUUGGAUCUCGUCAUGUUAUUCGACGAAUUAAAAUCGCGUAAGAAGGAACGAUACGAUGAGGAUCGGUCUAAUGUUAAGCUUCCUUGGGAUAUCCAUGACAAUGACGACGCUAACGACGGCGUCUGAUCGUCCGGAGGGCUCGUUGGUCGGCGUAACGUCGGUCCUGGACUUAGCCUCAGGGAGGAACCUCAGUUUGUCUAACAACGUCCAUGGUGAAGAGUCGAAAGAUCCUUGGUCCGAUGUAUCGUUGACCAUCUUGAAGGGUUGCAUACUUGGUUGGAUCAUAGUUAUGGCAGUAUUUGGUAAUUUACUUGUAAUGGUGUCGGUAAUGCGUCAUAGAAAAUUACGUAUAAUAACGAAUUAUUUCGUUGUCUCGCUCGCCCUCGCCGACAUGUUAGUGGCCAUGUUCGCAAUGACAUUUAAUGCCAGCGUACAAAUAAAGGGUCAAUGGCUCUUCGGUUAUUUCAUGUGCGACGUUUGGAACUCGUUGGACGUCUACUUCAGUACGAGCUCGAUUCUCCACUUGAUGUGCAUCUCGGUUGAUCGUUAUUACGCGAUCGUGAAGCCUCUCAAGUAUCCCAUCAAGAUGACGAAGAGAGUGGUAGCUUGUAUGUUGCUAGCCUGCUGGGUAUCACCAGCGAUAAUAUCAUUCGUACCGAUAUUCAACGGUUGGUAUACAACAGCCGAGGAUAGCGUACACCGACAGGACCAUCCAGAAUUGUGUCUCUUUCGGGUUAACACGGGUUACGCGAUCGUAUCGUCGUGCAUAUCAUUUUGGAUACCGUGUACUAUAAUGAUGCUGACGUAUUACUCGAUCUUCAAGGAGGCGAAUCGUCAAGAAAAACAAAUGCACAGUCGUUUAGGUAACGCGAUGUUACUGAGCCAUAGGACGAGUAAAGAUAUGAACAAUCUUAACGGUGAAUUAAAUAGCGCCGGUUCAUCGAAAACAUUAACCCUCAACGAAAUAAGCACGGACCAAUUGCACACCCCUACCAAGGACAAAAACAUAAUGAAGAUGAAGAGGGAACAUAAAGCUGCUAGGACUCUUGGAAUAAUAAUGGGCACCUUCAUACUCUGCUGGUUACCAUUCUUUUUAUGGUACGUCAUAACAGCACUGUGCCGUACGUGUCCCUGUCCCGACAUCGUCAUUGCUAUACUAUUUUGGAUAGGAUACACUAAUUCGGCGUUAAAUCCGCUGAUAUACGCGUACUUCAAUCGUGACUUUCGGGAAGCUUUCAAGAACACCCUACAAUGCGCCUUUUGUUCGCUCUGCAGGCGGCAGCCGUCCGAUCUCGAAGCGUUGAACUUCCGCCGGCCAUCCCUAAGGUACGAUGAUCGCACGAAGAGCAUAUACACGGAAACGUACAUCAUCAAGCACAACGACCGUCGGAGAUCGAGCGAAUUCGGCAGCAGCCUUUGAGAGACAACCUUUAACGUGACGUCGAAUCGUACGGUGUUCUGUGUUCGUAAGAAAGAAAAUAUUCGUGUGAUUAUUCGUGAGAAAUGUAGGAACGAUAGGAUUCCCUUUGAAAGGGUAUUAGAAGAUGUUGACCGAAAGGAAUGAAGGAAUUAGAAGAAGUCAAACGAAUGAUAGUUAAAAGAACAACGUGCGACAAAGAUCUUUCUUUCUCUCUCUCUCUCUUUCUCUCUCUUUCUCUCUCUUUCUCUCUUUCUCUCUCUCUAUCUCUCUUUUUCUCUUAUUUUAAUCGCGAAGAUAUUGGAAGAUAAUAUUGCACUUCUUUAACAAAAUUUUGUACCCUUUUUUGUCUUUAAAAUUGCAUCGCUUUUAAGAGACUUUUAUAAGUUUGCAAAAGAGAUAGAUAAAUGGAUAAAUAGAUAGAUGGAUAGAUAGAUAGAUAGAUAGAUAGAUAGAUAGAAAGAGAGAGAAAGGGAGAGAGAGAAGGGCAGAAGCUUUCGCACGUUUUAAUGAAACGCGAUAAAAGCAAAGACGACGGGCCUUAACGUCGUUUCGUUUAUUACUUCCCCGUUCGACGAUCCUUUGAUCCCACCUUUAAUCGCAACCGACGUUCAAAAAACGUUUUCAUCUCUGCCCAAUUGCAAUCGAUAACUCGAUUGUCGAUCGAGCUUCAUCGAACAAAUGGCUACAAAAGUGAAACGCAGACAUAGAGAGAAAGAAAGAGAGAGAAAGAGAGAGAGAGAGAGAGCGUAUAGAAAGAAGAGAUAAAAGUGAAAGAUAAAUGGCGAGUAUCAUGGCCUAAAAAGAUCUAUAUAUAUAUAUAUAUAUAUAUAUAUAUAUAUAUAUAUAUAUAUAUAUAUAUAUAUAUACACACAGACACACGUACAAACAUAUAUAUGUAAGUACACAUGUCUCUAUUUCGUUUACUGUUUAAUAUAACGAUUUACAUUUCAUCCUUUAGAAGACGUCUCUUUUGAAAUGAAAUUCUCUCUCUCUAUAUGUAUCUCUCUUUCUCUCUCUCUCUCUCUGUCUUUCUGUCUUUCUCUCUGUUUGUCUCUAUAAACCGGUGCUAAGUUUUGCCCUUACUCUUAGAGAAAUUAGGAACUUCGGAAUGUGUGCGUAUGCGUAUUGCGUGUGAAAGAGAGAGAAAGAGAAAUAGAGUGUGAGUGAGUGAGAAGGAAAAAGAGAAAUAGAGAACUUCCUCGUAAAGAUUAAACAAACCCUAAGUUAUUUCAGCAAAGGAUAUUCGAUCUUUAAUUAAUUAAGAAAGGAAGAGAGAAAUAGAGAUAGAUUUGAUAAUGUUGAAGUUUGAAAUACUCUUUCAAAAAAGAAUAAUUAAUGUUUGAUGUUUCUACAUGAAAUCUCUCUCUCUCUCUCUCUUUCUCUUUUUCUUUUGAAAUAUUUAAAUAAUUUUGGAAAGUUCAUUCAUUCGUUCUUCCAUUCAUUCGUUCGUUCGUUCUUUCAUUCAUUUAUUCUUUCAUUCAUUCUUUCAUUCAUUCAUUGAUGCAUUCAUUCAUAAACAUUAUGUAUUAUCGAACUUAUAUUUUUUCUUUUCCUUUGUUGUUGUUAUUGUUGUUGUUGUUGUUAUUUUCUUUUUGCUAUUUAUUUUUGUUUCUUUUCUUUUUUCUGUUCGAAAGCCUAGAAUUUUUUGUACAAUAAUAGAUAAUUAUUUCGAAUGAAGUAGAUUAUCUCGAUGGAGUAAACGCACGAACAUUAGUAUAAUCACGCACGAGGAUAAGCCCCGAAGGACAAAGAGGAAGAAGAAGCAAAGGAAAGGAAAUCGUUUAAUCUCGUUUAAUAAUUUCAAGACCGUGCGAUUAUUCGAUCGAUAUUAUUGCGACACGCGAUAAAGAGUGUAUAUAAUAUUGGGUAUGUUUGUGUGUGUGUGUGUGUGUGUGUGUAUGUAUGUGUGUUCGUGUAUGCGUUUCGAUCCAUUACGGUCCAUUAUGGCAUGGGUUUAUUUAUUUAUUUAUUAUUAUUAUCAUUAUUAUUGUUAUUAUUGUUAUUAUUGUUAUUAAUUGUCGCCAUUAAUGAUAUCUUUUUUUACUUCUUUAAGGCUGACUAAUGUACAAAACAAUCGCCAUAUUAAUUGGGCUAAUUACGUAUUAUUCUUCUUGUUCUCUUUUCUUUUUCCUUUUUGUUUUUAUUUAUUUAUUUCUUCUCUUGUUCUUUUUCUUCUCUCACCUUGCUUGUAAUAAGUGCAUAUUUAAAUACGAAUUAAUUAAUUUAUGAAUUUGUUAAUUUAUGAAUUUAUUUUAUGUGGCGCACGUUAAUGUAUGUAUAUAUGUAUGUAUGUAUAUAGAUAUAUAUAUACACACACACACUCUGUAUGUAUGUGUAUAAUAUUUUACAAUUAUGUUGAAUCAUCGUAGCAUAUAUAAUAAUUAUCUUAAAAUUAGCUAAGAGAAUAAAAGAGAGACAGAGAGAGAGAGAAAGAGAGAGAGAAAGACAGAGAGAAAGACAGAGAGUAAAAGGAAGAAAAAGAGAGAAAUAUGUAUAUGUAUUUUUGUUGAUCUUUGAAGAGAACUGAUUAAUCAUGCAAUAACAUAUUUAGACGGCUUUUUAAGACGUUCCUUAGAUAUAGGUAUAUAUAUAUAUAUAUAUAUAUAUAUAUAUAUAUAUAUAUAUAUAAAAGAGAGGAAAAAGAAAAAAGAAAAGAAAAUGUCGAGCACGUUAGCGCGAAACAGGUAAAUCUUCGUACGAUCGGGAUCGAAACUAUUUUUUAUUUAUUUAUUAUCUAUAUUUGUAGUAUAUGAAUGAUUCGUGAAUAUUUUUUUCCUUUAAAUUUCUGUGAAAUUUAUGUAGGAUUAUAUAAUAGUAUAUGGCCUCUUAUUUAGUUAAUUACGAUCUAUACAUAUCUCGUAAAUGAAUGGAGAGAUCAUUACACAUAGGUGAAUAUAUGAAUAAGAGUUUUAUGUGUGUGAAUAUGCGUGCAUAUCUGUGCCUGUGUGCGCGCGCGUGUGUUUUCGUCGCAUGAAAAAAAAUGUGGGAAAGGAGGAGGAGGAGGAGGAGGAGGAUGAAAAAAAAUGUUCGUGUAGGAUAUUUAAAUGUUAAUUGUAUAUUAAACGCAUCACGCGUCUGUUAAUUAUCGCUUAUGCAAAAAAGGGAAAAAAAAGAGAAGAAAAACAAGAACAAAAAGCAAAAAGAAUAGAAGGUGGAAGGUGGAAGAGGAGACGUAUAACAAAAAAAAAAAAGAAGAAGGAAAGAAAGAAAAAGACGAGAUUAAUCUCAUCGUCGAUCGUAUACGAGCAAUAUACUUGUAUAUAUACAUUCAUAUAUAUAAUAUAUAUAUAUAUAUAUAUAUAUAUAUCGAAAUUUAAAAAUAGAUAUUCGAAUGUUGACACUGUUACUUCUUUUUUCUUUUUUCUAUUUUUCUUUUUUAUUGUUUUAAAUUUUGUUAAAAUUUUCAACAAUUAAAGUUGUUCUUUUAAAUCACUUUCAUUCAUUCUCUCUUUCUCUCUCUCUCUCUCUCUCUUUUUCUAUCUAUCAUUUUAUUCGUGAAUAUUCGAAACACCCGAUAGAAUCACGGAGAUACGUACGUACGUACGUGCAUACAUAUACACUACAAAUAUAUAUAUAUAUAUAUAUAUAUAUAUAUAUAUAUAUAUAUAUAUAUAUAUAUAUCAAUCUCGUUGAACUCACGUUGCAUUCGUUGUGUUAGAAGAGACUCGUAAAGGAACGAGUGUCGAGCGUUUUAUUAUCUCUUUAAAGGAGUGCAGUUGUACAUCGGUUAAAGUAUUGAUGCUCGGGUGCAUAUUUAUGCGUUGGUAUAAUGCAACCGCUCGUAUGAUGGCAUUAGAAUGACUAUCGUUACUGACCGUGAAACAAGACGACGAGUUCAACGUACAGAAUCAUAAUUAACAUAAGUAUCUAUUAUAUUUUCAUUGAUAUAUUGUUAUCGACGUCUCGAAAAAACAAAAAUUUCUUUUGCAACGGGCUGUGUUUGAUGCGUAGGAACGAAGGAGGAGGUUUGUGAAAGAAAGAAAAAAAUAAUAAAACGAUCAAAAGAUAUACAAAAAAGGUAAAGAAAAAAAGAAGAAAUAAUGGCAAAUGUUAUUUCGAAAAGUUACAUGUGUAUUUUGAAAUGAAUCUGAAUAUUUAUAUAUAUGAAUGUAAUCAUUCAAUAAUCAGGAACUAUGUUUUAAUGCGCGUUUACAUACGUAAAUAAACUUUUUUUUCUUUUCUCUCUCUCUUUCUCUCUCUCUCGAGAAUUAAUGAAUAAAACAUUUGUGAUAUGUUAUUCGCGAUAGAAGGAACGUGUGGCAAUAAAAUCAAAAGAACACGGGUUUACAGAGACUAACAAGAGAGAUAGGAUAGAUAAAUAAGUGGAUAGAUAGAUUGAUAGAUAGAGAAGCAUAUAGAGAGACAGAGAGAAGGAUAGAGAGAGAGAGAGAGAGAGAAAGAGAAAGAGAUAGAGAGAGAGAGAGGAAGAUAGAGAGAGAUAGAAAAUAGUUAAAUCAGACUGAACCUCGGGUGUGGUGAUAUCGGAUAUGAUCACUGCGUGCAUAGAUAACCGACACACGCACAUGCAUAUACGCAUACAUACACACACACACACAUAUAUAUACGUAACAUAUAAAUGUAUAUUCAGCGAUCCGUAAAGUCAUACACCUCGACGAGAGACAUAGAAGGAAACAUAUUAUAUGUCGAAUCAUUCGUGCGAAUAAAUCCGCGUUAACAGUUACGUCUUUCAAUAUAUAGUCUAUUAAUUAUUAUUAUAAUAAUAAUAAUUAUUAUUAUUAUAUAUAUACAUGUAUAUACAUGUGUGUGUGUGUGUAUGUAUAACACAUCAAUAUUAAAUAUACGAAUACGUACGUACGUAAUAAAUGUAAAAAAAAUAACGGUAGAGAAUUCUUUCAAGCUCGUAAGCUACAUGCAUUCAUUAAAAAAAAAAAAAAAGAGGAAAAAGGAAUAUAUAAAAUAAAAUACAAUGAUGACCAUUUUGUGGGACAUCGUAAUAAAAAAGCAACGUUUACGAACUACUUAGAACUCAAGACUCAAUUAAAAUAAUAUUUAAAGGAUUGUCGACAAUUAAUUCUUUCACAUUCAAGUUUCGUGUAGGAGAUCGGCGUUAAUGUGUUCUAUACGACGUUAAAAAUGCCGAGAAAUUACGAGUGCAAGAAAAAAAGAAAGAGAGAGAAAGAGAAUGUAAUAUAGAAAAAAAAACUUAAAGAAAAUAAUGAAAUAUAUAUAUAUAUAUAUAUAUAUAUAUAUCGAGUACACUUACGAUGGCACGCUUUUUCCAAUGAUCGCUAGGUCAGAAAGGGUUAAUGUAAUAAUAUCAUCGUCUAAAUUUAAACCUUCUUGCAUGGGCGUAGUGUUCGCAGCCGUCAUCGUCAUCGAUCGUUUUAUGAAACCGAAACGCUUUAACUGAAAUGAUUGAUAUCUUGCGCGAGUGUUUUCUGAUAAAAAUCAUAACGAAAUAAAAAUAACAGAGAAAAAAAAGAAAUAGAAGAUCAUAGAGGGGAAAAAAUACAACGAAGAGAGAAAAAGACACGGAAAGAAACAAGAAAAUUCAUUAGAACGUAUCUGAUCGAAAUGCAGGAAAAAAGAAAAAACGAAUUCGAAAAAAAAAGAACAAAGAAUACGAAUGUACGUGAAUACUUCAUUCGGUAAACUUUUUAUUAUCAUAUGAUGAAGGAUAAAAAACGUUUUUUUCUUUUUUUUUUCUCUUCUUUUUUCUUUUUUCUUUCUUUGUUUUCUUUUCUAAACACAGCGUUAAAAUUGUUUGUCGGAAUACGUAAGUAAUUGAUCAUUGUUAUCUUCGUAAUUAUGUUUUACAGAUGUUAUAUACACGAAUUAAUUUUCACGAUGUUUAAUCCUUGUUUAUUUCCAAGUGCAACAUUACGAGAAUUGACGAUAAAGAAUUUUUUCUAGAAAAUAUAACUUUCUACAAAAAUCAUGUAGAUCAGUGAAUCAAUGAGAAUUCAUAAAUGAUUUAUUAUCGUUACUUCAGAUUAUUGUCUAAUUUGAGAUUUUGAAAUUAUUUAAAUCAUAAAUUAGAAAUUAAUUAAAGGGUAAAAAUUACAUUGAAAAAUAUAUCAUUUAUUUAACCAUCCAAAAUUAAUUUUCUUUCAAGAUCAAUGAUUCAGAUAUAAAUCGUUCAAAUCGUAAAAUUGACAAAUAAACGAAACAAGAAUAGUACAGAAUAUAUCAAAUAUACAAGUAUAUAAGUAUAUAAUAUAUAUAUAUAUAUAUAUAUAUAUAUAUAUAUAUAUAUAAAACCAGAUGAAUAAAAUCGACGGGAUAUCACGAAGCAAUAAUAAUGAUCGUUAGAAAAGGGAGAGAAAAAUAGAGGAGAAAUAAAAAAAAAUUGGCUCGUACCAAAAAUAGGAGAUAAAGAGAAAAACAGAGAGAAAGAGAGAGAGAGAGAGAGA